UUGAAGAUUAUAGCCAACCCUAAAGAAUCUCCUUACUUCCACAUUCCAAUUUUCGAAAAACGAUUACUUCAAAUGUAGAACCCCACAAUUCAAAAAGUUUUCUUGAGCGGUAGGCGUCGAAUCUCCAACGGUAACAUACGUAAACACUUUUAUGGACCCAUCAUAGAGUUAAUUGGGCCCAGUUUGAGCUCCAAAGAAGAAACCUGUUUAGGUCCGAACAGAGGAUGGAGGGAGAAAGCUCGCAGCCAUUGCACAGAGGAGUUGAUAAUACCGGCUCCGGUCCAUCUGCAUCAUCUAUCCGGCUCCGGUCCAGACCGGACUCCUUCUUGAUCCUCUGGCGAUGCUUCAGCGUGAUUACUUCUCUGGCCGCGAUUCUCUGCAUUGCAGUCAAUGUUCUCUCUGCCGUCCGAUCUUUCAAGAACGGAUCAGAUAUAUUCGAUGGAAUAUUCCGUUGUUACGCGGUGGUGAUUGCAAUGUUUGUGGUGGUGGCGGAGACUGAAUGGGGAUUCAUUAUUAAAUUCUGGAAGGUCCUAGAGUAUUGGGCUGGGAGGGGUAUGCUCCAGAUAUUUGUUGCGGUAAUGACCAGGGCUUAUCCCGAGUACUUUGAAAAGCAUCAAGAGCUCUUUCUUCUCCAGAGCGUAGCCAGCUACCUGCUUCUUGCAUGUGGUGUGAUUUAUAUUAUAUCUGGAAUAUUAUGCAUUGGUGUUUUUAAGCGUGCUCGCCAGAAGAAAGAAUUUUCUAGGGAUCAAGCAAUUAAGGAUCUCCAGGAUCUGGAGCGCCGUAAAGAAGAGCUCGAGUCACUGUUGAUUGUAGAGGGUGCUUGAAUGAGAUUGGAGACUAUAGACCCACAAGAACAUCCCAUUCUUCAAACUAGACGAGCAAGACUUUCAGUUUGAAUGAUAAUCUAAGUCCUAUUUGUAUAAUUGCAUAAUUUCUUGACCGCGAUUAAUUUUCACUAUCUAAUAGCUUACUGCUGUUUGUUGUACAGUUACAUGCGUUAAUCUGCAGUUCAAGUUGCGCUAACCUGAUAGAACUCUGUUCCCUUUAUUUAUUUAUUUAUUUUUUGAGUUCAAAGGAUCAAUGAAAAAGAGAUUUUACA